AUGGAGUUCACCACUAACUCGGGAGGCUUCCAGUCCCGUCGAUCAUACCCAUCCCUCCGCCAUAUCUCUAUAGCACCCUUAACCCCACGAUUCCCCAUUGAUGACGACACGGACCUAACAGACUACUUCAACAACUCCGACCAUGAAACUCCAGCCAGCGGCAGUCGCACACCCCCAGCAUCGUCCUAUAUAUCCAGCGUCUCAGUCCCAAGCACGCCACCGAUCCUCUCCCACUCACGCAGCAACUCGCGAAACCGUCACACGCGCAGCAAAAGCUCCACAGGGAGAGUAGCCUUAAGCGACACGAACCUACACAGUCGGGACCUAGGCUACGCCCUCCACCACAUUCCAAAUACGCACAAAAAACAGCCCAGCAUCUCAUACUCGCAAGGACGACGUCCCCUCCCAGACAGCACGCCGAACCCCGAAUCCGACGCAGAAUGGAUACUCCGCGCCGGAAUUGCCCUGGCUUCCUCGACCCGCGAGGAAAAAGGCCAAAGCUGGCUCUCCAAGCGCGAGUCCUCUACAAGCCUCGUCCCAGACACGGCCUUGGACGAAAUACUCACUAAACGCCACCAUCACCGCACCAAAUCAGGCGCCUCGUCACGCAUUUCUCGCUCCGGCGCCUCAACCCCAGGCGGAGCCGGGGCCUUCUCCCGGCGCACCUCCCGCUCCCGCGCCGGCAGCAGACCCGGCAGCAGCAGAGUCCAUCUAACCAUGACCACCAUCCCGGCUACCUCCCCGACCACAGCAGAGAAGGAAGUAUCCUUCAGCUCAGGCACGAAUACCGGCACGGCGAGCCCCGAAGCGCGCGGGCGUAUGCCUGCCCUAGUGCCUGACUUCGUGGACGCGCGUAUCCGUGCAGAGAUGGCAUCGCUACAGCACUGCGAGAGGGUAUACCCAGACGAAGACUCUGUGUACUGGGAUGGGGCGGGCUCCGACUUCGACUCGGAUUUGUCAGAGUACUCUUUCGACUCCGACGAGAUGCCGGAUGACUUCGACGAGGCGGAUCUGCAGCGGCUGACGCGCGAGCGCGGGUUCGGGCUCGGCACUUUGAUUGAUCGGUUAGUUGAGUGGACGCUUUUCGGGGUUGAUGAGUGGCCUGCGGCUGGUUCGGCUGUGGAGGAUGCUUCGCGUAUUGGUUCGGCGGAUACUACUACUGUUACAUUUGAGGAGCCUGUUUUGGUGGCUGGGCGGGAUGAUGAUACGAUUUCGCUUGGUUCGGUUCGGGAUGGGGAUUUAUCGGAUGAUGGGGAGGGUUCUAUUGGUAGUGCUGCUUCUAUUGAGAAGCCUGGGAGUCAGGGAGGGUGGGAGGAUGCUGGGUGGUUGAUUCGUUUGAUGAAGAGGGCUUUGGUAUAA